CUUGUUCAAGAUGAUAACGACAUUGGCAUCUGUCCAACAGAUCAGUAGCUGUCCUGGGUGCAGAAAACCGCUGCCAAGGUGCGCCCUCUGUCUCAUGAACAUGGGAACUGCAUCAGGCACUAAUGCUGCUAAACCCAACAAGGAAGAGAAGCAAGAUUAUACCAAAGAAGCGAAACAGAACAAGUUUGGGAGCUGGUUCACCUGGUGUCAGACCUGCAGACAUGGAGGACAUGCCAACCACAUGAUGGAAUGGUUCAGAGACCACACGGAGUGUCCCGUCACAGCGUGCCACUGUAAGUGUAUGUCCCUGGACUCAGUAGGAACUGUCACCUCUGCUGAAGAGACCAUCGUUAAAUGAUAGCCUGUGCUUCCACAUUCACAUGUCAGGGCUCAAAAUACCUUUUUCUUCAGACCUGCACUGGUAAUAUGCAAAAUCACCUGCACAUUUAGCAUUCUGAUAGCAAACAGUAAAGGAAACUAACAUCUGUAUAGACCUACAGGUUAGGCAGAGGUAGACUUCAGAUAUACCUGUACAAGUCCAAUUUUACCUGCACUAACCUGCGUAUGCAGUUGGUAUUUGGAGCCAUACAUGUACAUACAAACAUAAGUGACAAGGAGAGCUGGCCUUCCAUGUAUGUAUGUUCACCUCUUACCAUUGCCAAGUUUCAACGUGCAGCUACUGAAGUAUGAAACCUUUUGUCAGGCUUGUUAACAUCAAGCGAUAUCACUCUUAAAGACAUCCAGUGCAAUUUUAUGGCAGCAAAACUUUUCUGUUCAUUCUUUUAAUCCGAUUAAGUUGAAUCAAUCCUAUCCUAUGGCAUACUAAUACAUUGUAUUUGAGGCAAAAAUGUGAUGUCACUGACGGAAAAUGGUCGCUUGUUUUGUACCAUAGGCUGAUUCUAGUUAUUAAUGGCGUUACCCAAAAAAUAAGGAGAUGCACAUAGCUUGUUGGGGGCUAUUUCAAACACUUUCGGCAAAAAUGCUUUAAGAAAUAGCAGUAUCAUUACCAGACAGAUUUCCUCAUCCUGGAUGUUUUGCUGCCGUGAAAUUGCUUGGAUGCCUUUAAUUUCACCAAUUUAAAAGGCCAGUGAAAUGACACAUGCAAAUUUUCAGUCAUUUUAGUCAGACCUAUGGUGGGACUCCAUAUGAUCUGCACAAAAUCUACUGCAAGAAGACAGGUAUUGUUCUGGUUAAGGGUGCUUACAUGUAGCUGUCAUGGUUUUACAUGACAAAGUAUCUCAGUGUAUAUUGUACAUGAUAUACACCCUAUGCAGGGGUUUUGUAGUUUCAUGCCAAGAUUAAGACAUACUAACUAGUAAAUGGUGAAAGUCA